GUCUGACCCGCUGCAUCUGUUACAUCACCGACAUCCUGUCGCUUCAUGCUUCUCCUCCUGAGUACAUCAUAAUCUCGACUCUUUUGAGAUGAGAACCAAUGAUCCAUAUGAUCCAUGUGGCAGUGUCUCCACUCCCCCUCCCUCCAUCAAUCAUUCUGGACAAUACGAUGGUCCCCUGAACUUCCGUGACCGAGACAAAGUUCGACCAUCCAUCAUCGUCUGGCUCUCAUCUCAUCCACGUCAAUCCUCCCCUCCAACAUGACUACGCUCCGAAAUGCCUGUCGGAAAGUCGAUUCUAUGCAGCCAUCACCUGUUAGUUGACUCUCGAGCCUCCCCACCAUCAUGAUACUUCAUCAUGCAUUUCAUGCGCCUUGUUUCGCCCAAGUCUCAGCGUCAGGGAGAGGAAAGGCUGCGAAAGGAGGGGCAACAGGGCAAAAGUACGCGGCAGAAUCCCAGGGACAGCCGUUUCAUGAGGGUUGAGCACGGCAUUUAUCUACUGGAUGUUGUACAAGGCGCUACGAGGGCCAUGGCCGUGGCACACCGCACCAAACCGAUAGGACGAAAAAGUCCCGGUUGGGCAGCACUACAUCGUCAGGGGAAUCAGGCGGACACUCCGUUUCGGAGAAGCCUAGAGGGGUACUCUCUUUUUUUUCUUUUUUUUUUCUUUCCCCUCUGCCCCUUUCCCUUUCUUUGUCGCUGAUGGUUCCUGAACGGUUGUUU